GCGGGAUGGCGGGCGCGGGGCGGGCGGUGCCCACGUGCCUGCUGCUGGGGGCGGCGGGCGGCGGGAAGAGCCUGCUGGCCAGGCGGCUCCGCCAGCUGAGCGCCGAGGAGGGGGCCGCGGAGCUGGGCGAGCCCCCGGCCACGCUGCCCACGGUGGGCACCAACCUGACCGACCUGCGGCUGCCGCGGAAGGCGACGCUCCGGGAGCUGGGCGGCUGCAUGGGCCCCAUCUGGCCCAGCUACUACAGCGAGUGCAGCGCUCUCCUGUUCGUGGUCGAUGCCGCCAACCCCACCCAGGUCUCCUCGUCCUGCGUCCAGCUGCUGUCCGUCCUCUCCGCAGCGCAGCUCGCCUCUGUGCCCGUGCUGGUCCUCUUCAAUAAGAUUGACCUGCCCUGCUACAUGUCGCUGGCGGAGAUGAAGUCGCUGUUCCGCAUGCAGGACAUCGUCUCCUGCGCCACGCAGCCCAUCACGAUGCUGGAGACGAGUGCACGCGAUGGCACCGGCCUGCCUGAUGUCCUGCAGUGGCUUCGGGCCACCCUCGGAGAGCCCCGCUGACCCUGACCCUGCCCGGGUGCCUGCGGCAGCCCAGGCAAGUCCUGUCACCGAAGGAGGUGGCCGGUGAGCACCUGCCCUGCGUGGGACUAGGAGUGGAGCCCAGGAUGGUGUCACGGGCUGGUGGCGGACAGGACCCCUGUGGAACUUUACAGUAAAAUUCCCACCGUACUGUC